AUGGCCGCACGCGACCAGGCUGUCUUCUUGGAGACCGUCAUCGGCCUCCAGCGCGCCCUCAAGCGGCGACCGUUUGACUCCGACUCCGACUCCGACGUCGACCACAGUACAAACCGCGGCAGCAAGCUCAAGCGCCGCGCGCGGUUUGUGCGCCAAGGCCACCUGGGUGCUGCGGAUGGCCUGACGGUGUUCACCGAGACAGUCGAACACGGCGGCUACCGGCGCGAGAUUAUCAGCCACAAUCCGGCGCUGAUCGACGACGAGGGGUAUGCGGUGGACAGCGACGAGGACGACGAUGCCGUCGUCCAGGACGCCGAGGCGGCGGCCGCCGAGCAGAACCCGUACGCCGGCAUUCAACUAGAGCACCUCCUUGCCCCUCUGACUGCCGUCACCGACCUGCCCAACCACCCGUCGCUCUCGCGUCCGUUUACGAACAAGGCCCUGACCGAGCUGGCCACGCAAGGCAGCAAUUGGAUGCACAAGGAGAGCGCAGCGCUGUGGAAAGUCAAGCCGCUGCUGAUCAAGUUGUGUGGCGACCAUAUCUGGGUGGACAGCGGGCUGCUGGUCACCCCCGACGACGCCGACCUGUUUGACGACGAGCAUGUGGCGCGCCUGGCGACGGCGCGCGGGUCCACAGGGCCGCCCGCUGGUCUGUUGGAAGACAGGCGGAGCGCGUCGAGGCAGGGUGACACGGACGACAAAGACAAGGCGGUGGGCGGUGCCGAGCCCGAGCCCGACCCCGACUCGACCAUGCCAGACGCAGGUGACGAAGCAGACACAGCAGCCGACCGGCGCAAGGCGAACGCCCCACAAGGUGGCGCUGCCGACGGGAAGCAGCUUGCACAGUCCAAUGGCGACCGCGCAGUAAUACCCCGAGGCGGCGGGGCAGACGAUGCUGGCCGAGCGCUGGCGGGCGUUGACGGCGGCGACGAGGACGCGGACGCGGACGCGGACGAGGAGGAGGAGGAGGAGGAGGAGGAGGGUAUCAUCCACCCGCUCUUCCUGGCGCCCCGGUCUGCACGCCCCGAGCCCAACCUGGGGCUGCCAGAAGCCGAGGCCGAGGACGUGCGGCGGCUGCUGCAGCUCUGGGUGCAGAAGCAGGAGGAGGUCUCGCGCGGUACGAAGAAGCUGCACGAGGGCCUGCUGCGCGCCGACCGGCUGCGGCAUACCGUCCUGCGGUGGGCCAAGGCCGAGGCGCACAGCGGGCCGAACCGGGACAUGUCGGACGGCGAGGACUGGUACGACCAGGAAGAAUGGGGGCUGGAAGAAGACCUGAAAAAGGGCCACGACGAAGAGGAAGAAGACCAGCAGUUGCCGAACAAGAAGACGCGCAACCGAAAGCCACGUCCCCCUCCAUCGAGUCCGCCCAUCGUAAACGGCCCUGCCUCAGCCGUGCGUCGGCGGCGGAAACGCGCCCGCAAUCUGCUCCUCGAAGAAAUUGGCAUUGUCGACACUGCCCCCCUCGUACCGGAACGCGGCCGGCGCGGCAUACGCGUCGUAGUUGAGCGACGUGUUGAUGCCCAGCUCGACCCAGGCCAAGAGGCCGUAGGCCGGGUCGGCGUUGUCGCCCACAAAGACAUACUCGACAAAGGGAUCGUAGGUCGGCGAGGCCGCAAAGCCGGUGAAGAGGUCCUGGGCAUUGGUGGUCAGGGGCACGGGGUUGGCGUUGUACGGCGACGUCUGCUCGACCUGGUGGAUCAGGGCCUGGUCGAAAAAGAGCUGCGAAAUGUGCGCGACGGUGCCGCCCGUGUACGACUGGUUCGUCGCGGCCAGCGCGGCGCCGAUGUGGGCGGCAAUAUGCUGGUGCGUGGCCCGGCCCAGGUAGUGGCCGGGGAAGACGGUGUCAAAGGCGACGACGCCCUCGGCAUUGCUCAUCUGGACCCCGCGCAGGAACGUCGAGUUGAGGCCGCCCUGGCCCGCGGCGGACACGCCCGAGUAGGCGCCCGUGGCGUUGCAGGCCCAGACGUCGACCAAGACCGCCUGCGCGGGCAGGCAGGUCUCCACGUCGAUGAGCUGCAGCUCGAGGUGCAUCGGGACGCCGGGCUGGCCGUCGGUCAGGUCCGACCGCACGUCCUCGCCCCACACAAAAUACGGGCCCUCAAUGUUGUCGGGCGUCAGGACACAGCUUGUGUUUGCGCCAAAGACGGUGUGGGAGGGCGUGUCGCUGUCCCAGUGGCGGAGGCCCGUGCGGUUGUGGGACGCGGCGUUAUAGCGCGCAAAGUCCGCAUUGGCACGGCGCUCGACCGUGUUCACUGUGAAUGGGGGAGUGGAGUCAGUGUCCUGUUCCGUUGA